AUGGCCGACGGACGGAUAAAUAGGCAGAAAGGCAGACCUAUUGACAGAAAGGCCGACAUACAGAAGGAUAGGCAGAAAGGCAGACCUAUUGACAGAAAGGCCGACAUACAGAAGGAUAGGCAGAAAAGCAGACCGAUUGACAGAAAGGCCGACAGACAGACGGAUAGGCAGAAAAGCAGACCUAUUUACAGAAAGGCCGAUAUACAGAAUGAUAGGCAGAAAGGCAGACCGAUUGACAGAAAGGCCGACAGACAAAAGGAUAAGCAGAAAGGCAGACCGAAUGACAGAAAGGCCGACAGAGAGAAGGAUAGGCAGAAAGGCAGACCGAUUGACAGAAAGGCCGACAUACCGAUGGAUAGGCAGAUAGGCAGACCGAUUGACAGAAAGGCCGACAUACAAAAGGAAAAGCAGAAAGGCAGACCGAUUGACAGAAAGGCCGACAGACAGAAGGAUAGGCAGAAAGGCAGACCGAUUGACAGAAAGGCCGACAUACACAUGGAUAGGCAGAUAGGCAGACCGAUUGACAGAAAGGCCGACAGACAGAUGGAUGGGCAGAUAGGCAGACCGAUUGACAGAAAGGCCGACAGACAGAUGGAUAGGCAGAAAGGCAGACCGAUUGACAGAAAGGCCGACAUACAGAUGGAUAGGCAGAAUUGCGGACUGAUUGACAGAAAGGCCGACAGACAGACGGAUAGGCAGAAAGGCAGACCUGUUGACAGAGACAGACAGAAAGGCGGAUAG